AUGAUUUGCUUUGCAAUUUCGACAUUAUUUGCCUCGUUAUUUACGCUAUUUGCGUUCAUACUUGAAUUGUUUGUCUUGAUCGGUCAGUUAUCAAACAAACCUUUGCUGCGCUCCCUCUACUUUGGACAAGCAAUAAAUGCAUCUCAAGGAAAGACGCUUAACUUCAACUUAUGGAACUAUUGUACUGGAGAUAUACAUGGUGCAGUGUCAGGAUGUGCGAAACCUCGCCCGGCUUAUAAUUGGGCACAGACGCCAGGUAUUAGCCAAGUAAUGUCCCGCCAGGCAAACAGUACAGGUGUCAAGAGUCUAUUUCUCGCUCUGUUUGUCAUCAUUUUUAUCAGUUGCGGUUUAAGCUUGAUUUUUUGGCUUAUGAGUUUGCCAAUCUGUUGCCUCCGUCGCCGUGGACUUGGAUAUUCGAUGACUACACUUACUCUGAUAAACUUCCUUCUGGCCCUCGUUGCAAUGAUCAUCGGUCUUGUUGUCACUAUACACGGUGGAAAAAUGCUUACUGGUGCUGAUCCUGGAUGGUUGGGUACACCUGGAAAUUCUUUGUGGUGCUUGAUUGGUUCAGUGGUCUCUUUGUUCUUCGCAUUAUUGCUGUACUCCGUAGGUUCAUGCUGUUGCAAGGGAUCCAAGGAAGGAAGACAGCGCGUUCGUCCUGGAAAGACAGAUUCUCUUGCAAGUGACAAUCACCAGAGAUUUAACAGUGGUCCUUACCCUCCUCCCCAUGCCAACAAUAAUGGGUACUACUCUCAGCAAGGUCCCUCUCCUAACAGUUUUGUCAACCAAGGUCCUGCUAUGUCGUCUCCUCAGCAGCCUUCCCCCAUGCCACCAGCAAGCCCUUAUGUUGCAUCCCAAGAGCAGCGACCCUAUGAGACCCCUACUUUCCAGCACACCCCUUUGGGACAAUCACCUAAUAUUCACUCUGAACAGCAGCAACAGCAUGAGGUCAAUCAAUUCAAACACAUGCCUUUCCCAGGUCAAAAUAAUAAUGUUCAACACCUCUAA